AUGACUCUAAAGACAAACAAAGCAGUUAUUCUUGUCUCUUCCAUGCAUCAUAGCCCCGCGGAGGAUUUGAAUUCUCAGAAAUCAGAAAUACUAUCAUACUGCAACACCACUAAAGGAGGUGUUGAUGAACCGGACAAAAAUUGCUCCAUAUACUCCCGCAGUCGAAGAACUUGGCAUUGGCCAAUGUGUUUGUUCUACUGUUUAUUGGACAUCAGCAUAGCAAAUGCAUAUGUUCUUCAGAAGAGUGGAUCAUAUGAAGCGCCUGUUGAGAGAGGUAUCUUCCUGAAAGAGCUGGCCUGUAGUCUUGUGCUGAAACAUAUGCAAAAGUGA